ACACACUUGUUCGAAAAAUAAGAAGUUUUUGUAAAUUAUUUUACUUAACUUUUAUGUUUCUUGUUGUAAAUUUAGAUACGCGUAACUUGAUCAAGUAAAAAAGGUCAUGUUUUUAGUUCAUUAUAAAAUUCACUUUUUGUUGUUGGUUAACAUAGAAUACUUUGUUAUAUAAAAAUCUAAAAAGUUUGACAAACACUACAGAGUUAUCAUUUCAACAAAAGUUUACGAAAGUUAAACAACAAUGUUACGAACUGAUGAUAUACGUCGUCUGCUCGAAGUCAAAGACUUUAGUAAAAACAAAACACGCCGUUCAAGUAUAGGCUCGGACGAUAGUGACCGUAGCGAUCUAUCCACAAAGUCAAUGCCGCAAUACAGUAGUUAUAGAGCAUUAUCUGGUGGUCUCUUUGGACCUUUUGAAAAAUCACCAUCUAGACCAAGCUCUAAAUCAGGAUUCCUACACUGGGGAGGAAAAAAUAAAACAUCAGAAAUGAGUCACAUUCCUGGACCAACUCAUUUUAAGACACCAAGUGCUGCUAAACCCAGAGGAUCUGGUGAGGGAUCAUCAAGACCAAGCUCAAGAGCUGGCUCUAGAUCUGAUAGUUCAACACCAGUAAGACCAUCAAUCUCGAGAGAAAACUCAGCUUCCAAAUUACCUGUUUAUAGGCGAGAAUCUUCUAUGCCACAAAUCAGACGAGAAUCAUCAAUACCCCUAAUUAAAAGGGAAAAAUCAGAUAUCAGGGGAACAAAGCCACCAUCAACUCCCCGUGGUGUUGUGAAAAAAACUGCAGUAGGUGCAACACCUAGAGGAUCCUCUAAUCCAAUAGUGCCAAAAACAACACCUAAAACUGUAGCUGAACGAAAGGUAUCCGAGCGUAACAUACCAGCCAAAGGAACUAGAAGUGGAAUUAGUGGUAUAGCACAAUCAAUUCAAAUAGGCGAUAGAGUUGCAAUUACAGGAACAGAAAAGAGAGGCAUUGUUCAGUUUGUUGGUGAAACUCGAUUUGCAAAGGGAGUGUGGGCUGGUGUAGUUUUAGAUGAUAAAACUGGUAAAAAUGAUGGUUCUGUAGGUGGUGUACGGUAUUUCUCAUGUCCUGCAUUAAGAGGAGUUUUUGUAAAAGAAGAAAAGUUACAGAAAAUCUCUGACGUUAGAGACCCUGGAUUUACUCCCCAUGGAACUGCUGCAGAUCGCAUACCUAAUUCCAGAAAUGAUAGUGCAUUAAGUACAGACUCUGGUGUGGAUGAAGAACAUGAUUUAAACAUAGGUGAUACCGUAGCUAUUACUUCUGCCAGUGGAAAGAGAGAAGGUGUUUUGCGAUUUAUUGGGUUAACAGAAUUUGCUAAAGGAACAUGGUGUGGAGUUGAACUUAAAGAACCAACAGGAAAAAAUGAUGGAGCUGUCGCAGGAACUCGCUAUUUUCAAUGUGAGGCGAAACAUGGCUUAUUUGCUCAAAUAACAAAAGUAAAGAAACUAUCAUCAAGUAGCUCGUCUGUUAGUCCCCGUGGGCCAUUGGUAACUCCACAGACAUCAACACCUGUUACUCCGACAGAAGACGUAGUGGUAGCCUCCACUGAUGUGACUCCAACUGAUAGUGAUGCAUCAGUUAAUACGGUCGAGAUCGCUGUUCUACAUGAUACUAUACCUGUGACACCAGUUACAAAUGAACAAUCAUUGGAACAAUCAAAAAAAAUUGCAGCACUACAGCUUCAACUGCAUAAACAAGAUGAAGAGCUGCAAGUUAUGCGAGAAGCAAAUUUAAUUGAAAAAGAAAAAGUCAGAAAAGCCAGUGUCAGUGACAAAAUUGAGAAUCAUGAGAAAUUUCUUCGAGAGAACCAAGAAAAUACACUACGAUUGCAAGAAAAAGUUAGCAGUCUUGAACGUGAAAAUAAAAAUCUGCAAAAUGAACUCAACGACAACAAACAAAAAAUUGAAGAUCUUCAAUUUCAACUCGAGGAACAGUUACUUCUUGCCUCGGAAGAGGGACCAUCUAACGAAGAGUUGGAAAAAGUUCUUGGAUUAGAAGAAAAAAUAAAGGAAAAAGAAAAAGAAAUUGGUGCUUUGCAGUCAAAAUUAGAGAAAUCAAAAGCUCAAAAUGAUGAAGAGCUUGCUAGAAUGUCUGAAAAAGAUCAACAACUUGAAGGAAAGGAGCAAGAGAUAUUCAAAAUUACUGAACUUUUAACUGUUACCAAGGAAAACGAAGCAUUGUUAAGUGUCGAAGUUACCAAUUUAAAACAACAAAUUCAAGAUUUAAGAGAUUUACAAAGUUCUGUGUCAGACGCUGAAAAGAAGAGUGAUGAUGUAAAAGGAUAUUAUGAAAAUAAAUUGGUUGAGCGAGACCAAAAAGUUUUGUCUCUGCAGGAUGAAUUGAAGAAUAUGGAAACAAAAAUCUCAAACAUGCAAAAAGAUAUAAAUGAGAGAAAUACGAAAGUUUCCGAAGUAGAAUUUCAAUUGGUUAAAAAUAGGGAAGAACUGCAGCAAACGUUGGAAUUGCAAGCAUCUUUAAACAAACAGCUAGUAGAAUUAAAUACUGAACUAAGUGAAAAGCGGAGUGAAAUACAAUCCAUUUCAGCAGCUACUGAAGUAACCAAACAUGAGAAUUUAGAAUUAAAAGCAAAACUGGAAGCAGCAGAGUCGAGAAAUGAAAAUCUCACUCAAGAUAAGAAAAAAAUGGAGGAAGAUAUUUUAAAAGUUUCUAAGAAUUCAGGAGAUAAUGCACAACAAUUGGUGUACUUAAAUGAAACUAUCCAAUCAAAGAACAGUGAACUUACAACACUUCAAGAUAAGUUGUCCACACUUACAGCAGAAAAUCACAAACUGGUACAAGAAUUGACAGACUUUAAAGAGACGGCGAGUAAAGAACGUACAGCAUUUGAAAAAGAAAAGAAUGAGGAAAAUAAAAAAUUAAGAGAUUCCAUCGUUGUUUUGGAAGAACAUUAUAAACAAAUAAAAAUCAAGAACAAUGAAAUUGAAGAAACUGCUCAAAAAGAAAAACUAGAACUUCAAAAAUCCUCCAAUGAAAUUGACAACCUGCACCAGUCUGUUAUAUCAAAAACUGAAAAGUUAGAAUUAGUCGAGAAAAAAUUAAAUGAACUGAAAAUAAAAUAUGAUGAUAUAAUCAAAACGAAAGAUUCUCAGCAGAAUGGUUAUGAAGAUAAAAUAAAAGAGCUGUCUAUAAAAGCAGAAGGAUUGGAAACAUUAAAAACAGAACUUUUAAAAUAUAAAAAUGAUAGUCAUACAAUGAAAGAAAAUAAUGAAAAACUAACUGAUGAGCUGACGAACUUAAGAAUUGAACGAACAAAUUUAGAAAAACGUGUGAACUGCGCGAAAUUAGAAAAAGAAGAGCUGCAAAACGAAAAGGAUACUGUAACGAAGUCAUGUGAUGAACUACUCAAUAAAAUAAAUAACAUAACAAAAGAAAAAUUAGAAUUAGAACAACAGAUAAAAAUUGUGGAAGAAAGUAAAAACGAAAUUUUGAAGAGAUGUUCCAAUCUGGAGGAAGAGCUGAAAUCUUCAAUAUCAAAAAUAGAAGAAGCGGAAAAAGAAGCAAUCAAGGUUUCAGAAUUAUCGUCAGUAAAAACGGAGCUGGAGGAGAGCAAGGAAAAAUAUGUGAGUUUGGAAUCGCAAAAUGUUCUUCUUGAAAAAGAUAUAUUAAAGUUGAAAGAUGAGAAAGAAAGGUUAGGUGUGGAACUAACGGAGAGAACAGCUAAAGAAUCAGAAGCAAACAAAGAAUUGUCGUUACUACGCGACCAGUUAAAACAAGCGAUCGAACGUGAACAAAACGUUCGAACAACGUUAGAAGCUGGUCAUGCGGAACUUGAAUAUAAAAUUAAAUCAUCAUACGAAACCUUAAAAACGAAAGAAAGCGAAGCAUCUCUGCUUACAACUAAGAUUGCAGAGUUAGAGAAAGAAAAUUCGAAUCUUCUCUUAGCGCAGCGUUUACCUUCCACAACAGAUACCAACUCAAUUUCAGUGUCGGAGUAUCAACAAUUAAAAGACGAACUUGAAAAAGUGUCAUUUACUAAAGAUGAGAAAGAAGCUGAGGUUGAUUUUCUGAACUCCAUCAUUGUUGAUUUACAGAAAAAAAAUAAAGAACAAGAUGAUAAAAUAAAAAUUCUGACAUACGGAGACGAUCUGGAAGAAGCGUCAACUAUAAACGAUACCAUGAGUCCGGUAAAACCUGGUCUUCGUGUUCGAGUAUUUUGCGAUAUAUGUGACGUGUUCGACUUGCAUGAUACUGAGGACUGUCCCAAACAAAGCAACGACACAGGUGGCAGUCAACAUCAUGGUGUCCGAGGUGAAGAAAGAGUGUAUUGCACUGCUUGCGAAACUUUCGGACACACUGCAGAAGAAUGCGACGACGAAGAGAAAAGAAAGAAGAAAUAUAAAAAUAAAAAAUGGUUAAGACGAAGAUUAAUCGAAUGGAAAAAAUCAAGUUAAUAACAUAUGUUUUAAACGUUCCUGACAAAUAACUAAUAGUCAUACACCGAAGCCGCAGCAUGUAUCAUAUAUGUACAGAGAAGACCAAAUGGCAUAUUUUGGAGGGUGUUUUCUUUGUACUUCUUCGCAGGGUUAUUUUUUAGAAUUUUUUAAAUAUGUUUAACUGUGCGAUUCUAGCUUCUUGUUUUUACAGAGACAUAAAUAAUAUAUUUACUUGAUCAUUUAUUGUUCCAAACUUUAGGUUUAUUAACAUUUUCUCCUAAAAUGUUUUUGUUGAACUUUUUACAUUCUCAUCAGAGUUUUAUUUUGGUAUUUAGCGCUUUUCUUGUUUUUUGUUUUAAUUUAUUUACAUUCAAUAUUUCUACAUUUGGUAAAUUGCAUUUGAAAAUAAUUCAUCACAAUUCAUCAAA